GAUGGAUGUAGACCUAGAAUUGACAGAACUUGCUGAUGUAUUGGAUUGGGGGCAGUGAUGAGGGAACUGGGUGGAAGCAAAAAUGACUCCCAGGUUACCAGCUUGGGCAAUCGGGAGGUAGUGGUGCCAGCACCCCAGUGGAGACAAGCAGGUUGGCUGUCAUUUUCUCUCCUUGUUCCCUCGGUCCUCUGGUCCCCUAAAUGUCCUCUUUCACAAGCAGGUCUGUGGCCAAUGGGGUGGGGCUACCCCAUGUCUCCUUCUGGCCUUGCCCUGCUUCCAUCCAAUUUGUGAUUUCAGAAAUUCCAGAUUCACCGGUGGGACGGGCAGCCUCCUGCGUGGUUGCAUGUGCAGGCUCAGCCGAGCCCCCCAUCCUGGUGGGUACAAGACACAACUAUCACUUUUCCACCAACACCUGCACCAACCUGCAGGGGGCCCCAGAGAGCGGAAGUGGCCUCGGCCUCCAAGGCCUGGUGACCCACGAUGUGCUUGGCCCGCGCGAGACGGCCUUGCGGGUGAGUGCCUUUGGGCCACGGGAAGUCGCAAAGCUGGGGAGGGCCCGGGGGGAAGCCACAAAGCUGCCACGGAUGCUUCUUCCCCCCUUUCUGGAUUUCAUGUCUGCCAAGCACACCCUUGCCAUCAUCCUCAAGUACAUUCCAGAAGACACUGGACACACAGACACAGGCACCGUUCUGCCAGCGUCCCGUGUCCCCGUGCGGAGCCACAGCCUGCCCGCCCGCCCUCUGCCCGCAGCGCAGUCCCGGGCCGCUUCCCGCUGGGUUCGUCCUGCGCCCGGGACAUGUGGCCUUCCCGUGUCCCCGCCUGUGUCCGCGCCCCGCCGGGCGCUGAACGUGAAGCGCGCGGUGCUGAGCCUGGGGCGCCCCGACGCCCGCAGCCCCCGCGCCGGCCACGAGGUGAGGCCGGGGAGGCUCGGGGCCGGGGCUGGGGCUUCGGGGAACAGGGACCUGACCCCCACCCCACCCUCCCCCGCCCCGCGCGCUGCAGGUGGACGUCCUGGGCGAGGGUCCCACCGCGUCCGGCUGCGCAAGACCCAGGACCUGGCCCGCGGUUCCCUGCGCUCCCGGGCCCUGCCGGGGUGGCGGUCAGUGCCCGGGCCGGGCAGCCCACAGCCCUGCCUGGCCUCCCGCCUGACCCGCAGCCAGAGUUUCCAGGCUGGCGUGCUGAGGGGGGCCUGGUGCACCGAGCUGGACACCAUGGGGCCCCUCUCCGAGGGAAGUGCUGGGCAGUUGCAGACCCUUUCCUCGCUCCCCUUCUUGCACCAGAUGUCCCAGAUCUGGCUGCUGCAGGCGGCUCUGGGUCCUGAGGCUCAAACACUCAAGUUCCAGGCUGUGACACGUAUUAGGAAUGAAAUGAAGCUGUCGUGCGACAGCAGGUCAAGGAGGACCUCGCCCAGGAGUGGCCAGCUGUGGGAAGAUACAGGGAAGAAGGGGCAGGUCCUGGGGGCCUCUGACUUAUUCUGUGUUCCUCUGUGCGAUUGUCCCUCCAGUGCGUUUCACCUCAGAUCCAGAGGAUGGAGACCUGACUCUGAGCAGCUGGUAUAUGAGAGGGAGGAGAUGCCGUCUUGGGCCAUGGUGGCCUCGGCAGUUUCAUUGGUGAGAAAGCUGUGUCUGACUCAGAUCACGAGCUGUGAGGCCACAGAACUGUUCCUGACGCUGGUGCUGGAGCUCUGGGGUCUUUGUGCUGAUGAGGUGAUGGAGCUCUAGUGAUAUUCCUCCUUUAAGUGCUGAGACAACUGGGGGCGGGAUGAGAGGGUUCUGGUCUCUCCACAGUUUGCCUUGGUGGAGGGGGGUUUUCAGCACAGCAGCAAGUGGGGGCCCGGGUUUCCUGAAAUUACAUGGCUGCAGGAUGUACACGGAGCCCGGCGUGGUCCUCAGGAUGAGGCAGAGAAGGGGCUCUGGGCGCUGGCCUUCGUCCCACUGUCCCUGGACGCUGGAGACCUUGCACUGCUGGGUACAGGAAGAGAUUUUUGCAUCAAGAGCCGGCUUUCUGAUUCUUUUGCAGACGCAGAGGGCUGGCAGUUCCGGGCCACGUCUCCAGGGCAGCCGGCAAUGGGGACCGGUUCCCUGGACUGGUACCCAGCCUUCAUCCUAGGGCUGGCUCGAGCCCCUUCCCACCCCCGGCUGCCUCCCUUGGGUGCAGCGGGUGGAGGUGGAGACUCCGCCACGGCCUCUGACAGGCGGUUCCCCUCCUCCCGCGAGCCCCAUCACUACUUCCCUGGCAUCUUGGCCCCAAUGCACAACCUCUGUGCCUCUCUGGAUGAGCCCCAUGGGUGGCUGCCUGGCAUCAGCUCCCUGAUUUGGAUCCUGAGAGCAGCCGUGGGUGGGAGCUGCACCUGCCAGGAACCCGUGGGUGCUGGCCAGCUCCAGCUAGUGCUGAAGGUGAUCGGCAACACUGGCCUGGGAGCCGCAGGGCUCUUCCCCACGCUGAGCAUGUGUGUGUCCGAGGAGUGGCACCCCGAGAUUCGGCUGGGGGUCAUCCAGGCCUUCUGGAAGCUUCCCUGCUCUGUGGACCGAUCCAUGCUCCCCCGCCUGUACCAGACCCCCGAGGGGGAUGCUGAGAUCCUCGUCAACUACCUGGCCAUGAUGAGGGGCUCUGGGCCCAGGUGUGGUGUUCCCAGGCCAGCGCUGCAGUGUGAGCUGAGCAUGAAGGUGUUUGGGCAGGAGCUGAGCUUUGUGAACUGCAGGGCAAUGGGGACCCCCAGGAAGCGCCAGUCCCUGAACCUGGCCGAGCUCACCAUCAAGUUCCUGAAGGCACCACGGGCCCGGCUCUGUCCUCCCUGCCCGGCUGACGCAUCCCACCGACACUUCCCCUUUGACACUUCAUUUGGAGCCAGGCUGCCUGAGUGCCAAUCCCGGCUCCACCGCGUCCCUCCUUGGCUGUGUUUCCAAGACAGCUGGCUCCCUCAAGAAAGCUCCAUUCCCCUCUCUACGGGCACCCAGUCAGAGGCGCCAAGGGACGCUGGGGCAGACGUCAGCUACAGCUGGCCCCAGAGGACGUUCCGGCUCAAGCUUCUCCAUCCCGAGAAGAAAACUGAGCUGGAAGGAAAGAUCGAGGCUCUCGGGAGUGCCCGCAUGGGCCACCCGGAACUGAUGUCUGCUACGUCCGGGUUUGCUCCACAUCCUCCUCCUUCUCCAUCUCAGGCACCUGCCACCUCCCUGGCAUUUCCGACCCCCAUCCCGGAGUCUUCACUCAACAAUCGCCACCUCCUUUGGGCUUUCAGCAAUUCCCCCACUUCUGCUUUGCUAGUAACAUUUUUAGUUCUUGUUACCCAGGAAAGAAUAAAGAAGAGACAAAUGGCCUUAAAUCCCACCUCCCCAAAUCCUAUUAAUCGGAAACAGCUAGAGCUUCCCCAAGCCUGUUCAGGGGUGGCCCUCGCUCCAGGGUGUCAUUCCUUGGGUGGCCGGGCCACCUGUCAGGCUUGCCCCUCUCCCGACAGUGGGCUGCAGGCAGUGGCCCUGCACGGGAAGCUUUGCCUGCCAGGGCUCAUGGGGCUGUGUGCCCUGGGCCUGCUGCAGCCACAGUGCAGCUGCCUCUGGACCAGCUCCCUGAGGAUCAGGUACGGCCUCCUGGGUGAGGCGAGGCAGCCGGCAUAGGAGUGCAGCACCAGCUAGAAGCUGCAGGUGGAGCGCGGCUUGCAGGGCACCCACCAGCUGCAGCUGGGCCACGAAUUCCACCACACGCAGAUUCCAGCCUUCAGCCACAGGGAGGGUCUCCAGCACGAGGAGGGCUCAGGCCACCUGCACUUGCAGCUGGAGGCGAGCUACGGGAAGCACUGGGACAGUCAAAACAAGGGGCACCUCUGGGUCAGCCAGACCUGCGAGAAUGACUCGGGCCCCGCCGUGGGCAAUUACUUCCCAGAGUUUGAGCUGCAGGUGCCCAAGUGGCAGGUGGAUUACCGGACCCAGCUGCAUCACCUGUGCCUCCCAGCCCACCUGAAUGUGCAGUACAUCGGGAGGCUGUGCAAGGACACGCCCCAGGCCGCCUCGUGGAAGUGGGAAGGAGCCUUGAACCUGAACAGUCCGUGGCUGGCCAUCUCUGCAGCUCACAGACUGCACCGACCCCCUCAGGGCCAUUUGCUGCAAUGGGAAAGCCAGCAGUGCGGGAAGACCCGGGGUCAGGUGGUUUUGGGGUUGCGGUAUUUGGCCAGAAGCUCAGCCAUGCUCGAACCCUGGCUUGGCCCGGCCCCUCCCCAUGGGGCAUGUGAGAGUCGAGUGAAGAAGGAGCCGCAGCAGCAGGUGGCCAGAGAUAAUGAGUGUGCUGAGGCCUUGGUCUCCCCUUUCCCUGCCUCACUGCAGGUUUCCACAGGGACAGCCUGGGAACAGAACUUCUUCCACAGCCGGAAUGAACUGGAAUCAGCCUGGAGUGCAGCAGGGCAGAGUGAGAUCCAUGCUGAGAACAGCCUGGACUGUAAGCUCGUUUGCUGCUGGCUGAGGGAGCCACAGUGGGAGCUGCACCCAACAGCGGCCUAGAGGCCUAUGGAGAGGCCCUGGAAGACCCACGUGUCUUUGAGUCUGGGGACUGGCCCUCGGGGCUGGCUUCGGGGCCUGCGGUUGGAAGGGGGGCUGGAGGAAUUGAAGCGCAACAGGGGGUCAUAUCAGAAGCAGGGGGACCCUCCUCAGCACAGCCAAGAACAAAAAGAACAGGGAGCUUGCCUUCUCCACACCUUCAUUAUCUCUAAUAAUCCCAGCCACUGUGUGUGUGAGGCGGGCGUCAUUAUUUUGACCCCUGUUUUACAGAUGGGAGACCGAGGCACAGACAAACCGAGUUCCUUGCCCAAGAUCCCAGCUCCAGUCUGUGUGUCUCCAACCCUACGUGCUGUCUGUCCCUUGAGUCUACGCUGCCAAAUGGCAACGAUGACCCAGCUGCGCCUGCCUUUCUCAACUCUGCCAGCUUGUGACAGGCCCGGUCUGAGGCUGGGGGACACAGCAGUCCCCCCACUAACCCCACCAGUGGCUUUCAUGGCUUCAGCCUGCUUUUGCCUCUCCACACCAGACGCCACCUGGAGCUGCCCAUCCCUCAGAGCUCCUCCUGCAGUCUACACUGCCGGUAAGCAACCCCCGCGUUACUCCCUGGACAGAGCCAUCCUGAAUGGCCGGGAGGAGGCCCUGCAGACCAUGGGCCUGGGCUACCGGGCUGGACACCCCUAUGUGUGUGUGUGUUUGUCCCACCCAUACGUUGGCACAGCCGUCCCCAGGAAUGCAGAGGCACAUGCACCUACUUGGGAUCAGCACUCGGCUAAGAACCAGGAGGUGGAGGCUACUUUGAAAGUUAAUCAGAAAGUCGUGCUGCCCUUGAAGGGUCUUGAGGUUUGCCCAGGCCCUGAGCUUGCACGGGAAUGUCGUCUUCAGGCAGGAGCCCCAGGCGCAGUCACAGCUGCCGCCAACCACAACGUCCAGUCCCCGGCACCGCAGCAGGGGCGGGUGUGGAGGGACGGUGUGGACAAACCCCGGGACAACUCGUCCUUCCCGUAUGUCCAGCCAGCUCGCUCUGACCUCCCCCUCCAGCAGAUCUUGGUCCAGCCUCCUUACCAUCCUCUGACGGGUCCAGAGAGUGGGGUUCAGGAACCCACCCCCGGUGGCCUGGCCCAUUUACUUGAAGGGAUACCUGCCGCCCUGUAUCAUCCUUUCAUCUCUUUUCUUCCUAGGAUUUGGCUUUUUUCCAAGGCAUUGCUGGCCCAAAACACAGUACAGCUUCCCCUUCAGGCUUUGGAGCAGCGGAGGGGAGGCCAGAUUCUGACUCUGCAGAGCCUAGCGCAGCACGGCGGGUGGCUGGACAGUGGGGCCCGACUCCUGACCACCGUGGGCACCCUGAAGCAGAGGGAGACACUCAGAGAGGGCAUCAUCGAGUUCACCACCAAUUCAGCCGCCCUGGGCUUCCUCCUGCGGGACAAGCAUGAGAAAUCAGGGAACAGCAUCAGUGUGCGCAGCGUGACCUGCAUCCUCACCCAGAACAGCAGCCAGGCCUUGCCAGGAGAGCUCCAGCUGAGUGGGCAGCUGCGGGCCCAGGCAGAGAACUUCUGGUGCCAGGGCAGCAUGCGGGCCGAUGCAGCCAGCCUGGUUCUGACUGGGGCUUUCACCUGGGACCCCGGCCAUGGCCAGCCCACAGGCAGCCUGAGUCACAACAUCAGCACCUUGAGUGACACAGGUAGGAGAGAUGGAUGGGGCCAAAGGGUGUCCUUCCCCAAAGGCUCCCAGGUCCUGGAACCAAGGGAGGGGGAGUGCCCCCAGGCAGCGGUGCUCCUGUCUCCUGUCCUUGGCGCUUCCAACCGCUCGGUGCACGCGUCGCUGCAGGGUGGCGGGGACCAGCUGGCCGUGGCCGUGGCCGUGGGCCUGGAGGGCCCGUUCUCUGACUCCCAGCAGCAGGCUCUGCACCAGCCUGGGCCCCUCCCUGCUGGGCCUCAGGCGCCCCAGACAGUGGUGGACUCUAACAGGUGGCUGAGGAGGGGCUGGGCAGGUUCGAGGGACACCCACAGCUUUGCCUGGAUGGGGGGCAGCUCAGACCAGAGCUGGAGCGGAGGGCGGGCAGCUGACUCCCUGCCCACCUGGCUGGAGCCACAGCCACGGCCACGGGCUCCUGGAUGCCCAUCUCCAAGGGGCCCCAGCCUAUGGCUGGCCCAGCUCAAGCUGAAAGUCAGUGUGUGGUCAGUUCUGCAAGAUCGGUUAGACAGUGACCCAGAGUCUGGAUGUUACAAGCCAGCCUCUGUCACGGGGCCCUGGGCCUGCCAGCUGGGCGGCUGGGCCAGUGGCAGCCACAUCUGGGCGUCGCAAGCUGGGCAGCUCAGUGGGGCCAGCACUGGCUUUCCCUGCACAGGGUGGUCUGAUGUCUCUUCCGUGUCAUUCCAGGGCUCCAUGAACUUUCACGACAGCGGCUCUGGCUCUGAGCAUUCCGGAGGCAUCUUGGCAGGGCCUACGCCUCUCACCUGCUCCUUGGGCAGCUAUUACCGCGAUGGGCGGCUGGAGCUCUCUGGCUGGAGCAGCGGGGCCCUGUUCAGAGCCGGGUUCCCAGGCGCGGCCCGGCUCAGUGCCAAACCACAGGCACACAGUAGGGCACCCAGUGCCCAGCCUGAGACUAGAGAGCUGCCCCCCACCCCCACGCCUGGAGCCUGCCCACUGGGACCCCCGUCAGGCCAGUCUUGCCGUUCAAGAGCCCGACUCCAGGGGUGUGGGGAAGGGAAGACAGCCACAACAGUAAGAGCCAGCAUCACCCCCACCCCAUCCAUUCCACCCAUUGCUAGUCAUCAAACUCAUCAGGCCUGUUGCCCCCUCGGGGCCUUCUCCUUCCCUGGAGGGCUGUCAUCUGCCUGCCCCAGUAGACAGCAGGUCAGCGUGGACGUGACAGGGCUGGUGACCCAGCCACGGAAUGGCACGCUGGAGCCAGAGGUGACUGACAGCCACCUGGUGCCCGUCUCCGGAGGCUGGGCCUGCCCUUGGACACCCAGGGGGCCCUGCCGUGGUCCCCAGGCCCCCACCACUGCCACUCAGCGCGAGCCCCCUGUCUGCACUAGGGAGCCCCUGGUGGGCACUGCCAACCGGUGCUGCCUGCGGGUCCUGGCCGUCCACAAGGGUCCUUUGAGGGGCCGUGGCUGCCACACGUCUGUGCUCAUAUUCUGGCAACUCUGGGCAGAGGCAAAAAUGAACUCAUCCCUGCGGCCGACCUGUGGCUCUCAAGCCGGGGCCAGAACCAGGCAUGCAGAUGCCCUGCCCGAGGCGGGCGGGGGCCAGGGCAGCCACAUCUGUCCACAGGCCUGCAUUCUCACCAGCAGCAUCAAGGGGAACAGACCAUCCCCCAGGUCCAUCAGCGGGUGGCCAGGGCCCGGGGAGGACAGCCUUUUGAGAAGCGAGGACGUGUCCUGGAGUCCUGGUUCCCGGGAGCACCUGAAACAGGCAUGCUCUUCCCCGGGAGCUGGUCCUGAGGACACAGACGGCCAGGAGGGUUCAUCAGUGGCAGCCUCACUAGACCCCUCAGCGUGCAGGCAUGAAGGGACGCAGGGGGAGCUGGGCGUGGAAGGCGCGCCCACCCUGAGCGGCCCGUGGGUUUCGGUGCCGGCUGGCGGCGGCGCCGAGUGCUGGUUCCCGAGCCCUCCCCCCAGCGGUCCCCAGUGUCCACUCACGGCCUGGAGGGAUGGCCUGCCCGAGACACCCUGGAACCCCCGGCCUCGUGCACACCCCCCCCACCCGCUUCCCCUCCCCCUGCUGCGGCACCGCAGCCUCCGCCUGUCCUCAGCGCCCUCAGGAUGCAGCCACCGGGAGGAGCUGGUGCAGCUUGCCUGGAACAGGGGGCAGCCCUUGAUCUUGCAGCUCACCUGGGCCAACAGGUCGUCAGUCAGCAGCACCUGGGAGGGCUGCCUAGCCGGCUCACUGGGGCAGCUCCAGACAACCCUGGGCCUGGACCCCCUCACAGCCUGUGGGAGCCUUAAUGCAGACCCUGGCCGUGUUCGGCAUCGGCCAUUCCAGCCAGACAAAAUCUACGCAGAGGCCCUGCUGGCAGUCUUCACAGCCCCCUGUGCCAAGCAGAGCUUCUGGGCAGAGGUGGAGACUGGCCAUGCCCACCGGCUGCGCCAUGCCCUCCCCCCGGGGCUCUGUGACCUACCCGGGAAGGGGCAGCUGGGGGAGCAGGGAUCCGUAGGGGAGCGGAAGCGAGAGAGAGGAGGGUGCCCCGAGUGCAGGCUGCCCUCUGUCUCGGGGGAGCACGCCCUGGGCCGCGGUGGGCUCCUGGGUGUUCCCACCGCCAGCUGGUCCUCGCCUCGUCCUGGGCCUGAGCCUGAGCCUGAGCCUGACUCUCCGCAACCACAGCAGACCCCGGGGCCCGACUCCUCUCGGGAGCUGGAGGUGGUGCCGCCCCCCCCGGGUCGGCAGCCCCAAGGCUCAGUGGCUCAGCCUGCCAGCAGGUGGGUGCGUCUCCACCUCGGCUCCCAGAGCCUGGCCCGGCUGGAGGGGAGCAAGGAUGGCGGAGGUGAGAGCGCGAGGCUGUCCCUGCUGCGGGCCUCGAGCUGUCCCCAGGCCUCUGGGGCCCACGAGGAAGAAGACUGUGGAGUGGAGGAGGAGUGGGUGGUCAAGAGGCUGAAGGAGAAGUGCCGGGUGCAACUACCCGUCCUUUCCUGCCCCAGGGAGCCAAGCAGGGAGUUUGGUGCUGUGGGCCUGACCCUGCAGGCUGUCAACGAGAGCCUCUACGUGGUCACAUGCAGCUGCCACAGGGCCCCGCUGGGCCGAGUGGAGUCCUGGUUCACAGCAAUCAGGUCUCAGGUGCAAGGCCGGCUGGAGAAGGUUCCGGCACCUGUUGGUUUCCCUGCCCAGGUGUGGCCGGCAGGUGUCCUGGACAGCGUGGCGGGGCCCCUUCCGCAGCCGACCCGGGCGGGGCUGGGGGCCACGCGGGCCAGCGGCCAGGCCGAGCCAGGCUGGGGAGACACCGAUGCACCGCCUGGCCCCUACCUGCAGUGGCUGCAGCGGGGCUGGACCGACACCUGUUUCAAGGUGACGCUGCGGCCCCUGGACGAGGUGUGGUAGGAGUGGGCUGAGGAGGCCUUGCGAAGGCUGCAGGCCUGGGUGCCUGGGACCACUGGAGCUGGUGAGGUGGGGCCUGGCAGGGUGGGGGAGGCCCUGAGGGCUCGGCCGGCCCCUCUCUCUCCAGGCUGCCCACCCGGUGCUCUCUCGGGCAAAGCUGCGUUCUCCCGAGUGCUGAGCAGGCUCUGCCAAUGCUUGUUCAACCUGUACAGCUUCUCGGGCAGCCCCCCGACCUCUGAGCCGCCCAUGCAGGUCCCUCCUAGGAGGAGCUUGUGUACGCUGCCGCCACUGCCUGCGGGGGACAAGCCCCUGGACCCGGCCCGGGUGACCAGCCACCUGGCGGAGAGGCUGCUGCGGCCGCUACGGGAGCUCCAGGGGCCCCGCGUGCUGCCAAGUAAGCCACCACCCUUCCCCGGGUCACGCUGGUCCCCAAGGACCCUGCUGGAGGAGCAGGAGACCUCCAAGCACAGCUGGCGGGGAGCCCCUAAUGGAGUCCAGACUCCCGGCCGGGCGGGCCUGCAGCUGGGGCUGGGCCGGGGCAAGAUCCAGCGCCGAGGGCUUGGGGCCCGACCCUUGCCGUGGGGUGCCCUAGAGCUCCAGUCACCUCGAAGCCUGGGAUCCUGGGGCUCUGGCUGCUGCGCUGGGGUCGGACCAGGAGCCACGCCCAGGAGGACAGAACCCAGGGCCCUGCCUCGGUUGCCCGCUCUGGACGUCCUGGGGCCUCUUCUCUCUAGGUCGUGCGGUGGUGGCCGGGGCCAGCCGGACCGCACAGGCCUCACCUUCUACCCCAGCCUGGAGGUGAGUGUGCAGGAGCGGUAUGGCCCCAGCGGCCAGCGGGAGGUCACUGAGCAGAUGGCACUGCCCCUGAGACCUGUGGGCACGUGGCUUUUGUGGGCAGCAGCUCGGAGCAGAGCACAGGCUUCGCAGUUAGAUGGGCUGGAACCAGAUCCCAGCUGGGUGUACAGGCGAUACACUGCCAACCUGCCUGGGGAGGGCUGUGUAAACCUCCUGGCCAAGACGGGAAGGGAUGUGCCCAGGAUCGGGCUGACGAGUGAGGAUGGCAUCUCUGUGUCCUGUGAUGUCUGAGCCAACCUCUGCAGCUUGACCUUGGACCUCUGGCACCAUAAUAGGUCUGGGUCUCCGAUGGUGGCCUGGAGCAGUGCGGCCUGCGGGAGCCAGUUCCCAGCCUCGUGGUUGGCAGGCGAGUGCGGCAUCCCUGCCACCCCUGCUGUCCCCCCCGCCCUGCAGGUGAUGAGCUGGUGCUGCCGCAGCCACCAUGGCCGGCAACCUGGAGGAGUUCGCCUGCAGCUGGCAGGACCCCCACUCUGGCCUGGGGAACAGCGUCAAGGUGGAGAGUGUGAGGCUGGGCUGCACAGCAGCUGGACCCCUCCCAAGGACUGA